AAAAGCUGCCAGACUGGGAAGAUUUCAACAGCAGAGACUGCAGUACAGUCUCAUACUAGCCGAGAUGCCGGUGUGCAGACGGAUCAAAGCGGAGAUGCUGUCCAAGGCUUCCAGCAAGAAGUCCAAGUAGAUUACACCGACCUUCUGUCAUUCCUGCAGAGAGUGGAGGAUGCUGUUAUCAAGGAGCUAAAUAAAAACUGGAAAAGCCGUGCCUUUGAUGGCUUUGAAGUGAAUUGGACAGAUCAGAAUGAAACAGUGGUGUGCUUGCAUACGUUGUCGUACCCGGAGGCUCGGGAUCGAAACCUACAGGUUACCAGCGUCUCGUGGAAUGCAACCGGGUCCGUUGUGGCAUGUUCGUACGGCCGGUUGGACGAUGGGAACUGGAGCACAGACAAAUCUUACGUCUGUACCUGGAAUCUGGACAGAAGAGGGUUGAAUCCACAGCGCCCCGACCUAGUGGUGGAUGUUCCCAGUUCCGUCAUGUGCCUGGCGUUCCACCCCUCCCAGCCUUCACUGGUGGCUGGUGGCCUGUUCAGUGGGGAGGUGAUGGUGUGGGACACCAGCAGAGCAGAAGACCCCGUGGUCUGGAGGACGGGGAUGACAGACGACACUCACACGGAUCCAGUCUAUCAGGUCGACUGGCUACCUGACGCCACGCGCGGGCACCACGUCCGGCUGGUGAGUGUGUCAACGGAUGGAAAGAUCCUGGUGUGGAGGGAGGAGCGAGAUGGUCGGCUGGCCUUGGCCGAAGGGUUCGCCGUGGUGGCUCAGCAGAUCCCACGCAGCGCUCGGCUGAAGCUCGCCUGCGGAGAGGCAGCCGUGGGUGUGACCUCGCUCUCCUUUUCACGCUUCGACCCCCGCGUGUUCGUCGUCGGCGUGGAAGGCGGCUAUUCCCUGAAGUGCUCCACCGCGGCAGAGGCGCUGGCUCUCCACCGGACGGGCGGUUCUGUUCCCCUCAGGGCGCCGGCGGCCUUCUCCCCACACGCUGGGCCCGUGUACGCUGUGAGCUGCUCGCCCUUCCACAGGAACCUCUUUCUGAGCUGCGGCACUGACGGGCAGGUUCACCUGCACUCCAUGUUGCAGACACAGCCCCUCAUUUCCCUGCAGUUAGCACGGACAUACCUCUUCUGCGUACGCUGGUCUCCGGUUCGACCCCUGGUCUUUGCGGCUGCGUCCGGGGAAGGAGAGGUGCACCUCUUCGACUUGGAGCGGAGCUCGCGGAAGCCCGCCCUUUCCAUAAAGCAGGCUGAGCGCCCCGUGUACUGCUUGGAAUUCAACGCCAAGCAGACCUGGCUCUUGGCAGCCGGCGACGCGACCGGUACGGUCAAAGUCUGGCAGCUGAGUUCCGACCUCACGGAGCAGGGACCCAGGGAAACGCAGCACCUGGAGCAGCUGGCGAGCGAGAUGACGGACUGA